AGGACGUCUUCUCAUACAAAAAGAUAUUUUCGUCAGAGGCCAUGGGUGUCACGGCGAUAAUAUCACAGGGUGGCACCAGAAUCUUUUUUUUCUUAGCGUACACAUAUGUAUAUAUGCGUUAGUAUAGUAACUGCAUUCGAAGUCACCGAAUCUGAACUAUCAGUGUUCACGAAGAUGUUCUACGCGGUGAUUUGUCUUCUCCUUGUUCUUUUCUGUAUCUUCUGCGUCUACGAUUGCUUCAAGCCACAUAAUUAUCCUCCUGGCCCAAAAUGGAUGCCACUGAUCGGUUGCUUCUUCACCUUUCGACAACUGAAGCUGAAGAAUGGCUACGUUUACUUAGCAUUUCACGAGCUAAUGAAAAGUCACGGUCCGAUUCUGGGCUUGAAACUGGGAACACAGAAGGUGGUUGUGAUCUCGACGCAUGAUCUGGUAAAGAAGGUUCUUCUUCAGGAUGAGUUCAAUGGCAGACCGGAUGGAUUCUUCUUCAGGGUCCGUGCGUUUGGUAAAAAACGAGGAAUUUUAUUCGCCGAAGGACCAACGUGGGCACAGUGUCGUCGUUUUACGAUGCGUCACCUCAGGGCAUUUGGUUUUGGCCAAUCAAUUAUGGAGAAACAGUUGAUCAUUGAAGCAGAGAGUUUCGUAGAUUAUCUUCGUCGAGCUAGCGCGAAAGGUCCGGUGCCGAUGCACACGGCAUUCGAUGUCGCUGUAUUGAAUUCCCUUUGGUCCAUGCUUGCUGGCCAUCGAUUUGACUAUGACAAUGAAAAAUUGAUGGAGAUACUUGAUGCUGUUCACGGUGCCUUCAGGCUGAUGGAUACCAUGGGCGGUAUCGUGUCACAUAUGCCAUUUUUACGUUUCAUUAUACCAGAAUUAUCCGGUUACAACGAAUUAAUGAGAAUCUUACGAAAGCUUUGGGGUUUCUUAGACGAAGAGAUCACCAUUCACGAGAAACAACUGUCUGGUAACGAGCCUCAGGAUUUAAUUGAGGCAUUUCUUUUGGAGAUCUCAUCUAACAGCAAAAUCGAUGAUUCGAUCUUUGAUCGAGAAAACUUGUUGAUCGUGUGUCUCGAUCUUUUCUUGGCUGGCUCAAAAACAACGACAGAUACUUUAGCCGCCACUUUGCUAUUUCUAUCUUUGCACUCUGACUGGAUUAAAAUACUCCAAGAGGAACUAGAUAACGUUGUCGGUAGAUCACGAUCCCCAGCUUUGAAAGAUUCUUCGUCAUUGCCGAUGAUGGAAUCGUUUCUUGCAGAGGUACAGAGAUAUUUAAACCUGGCACCUUUUGGACUACCUCAUAAGACCAUGAAAGAUGUAAAUCUAAAUGGAUAUCACAUACCUAAAGAUACAAUGAUUCUUCUGGACUUUCACAGUGUCCACAAUGACAAGGCUUAUUGGGAUCAUCCGGAAGAGUUUCGACCACAAAGAUUUCUUGACGAUACUGGCCGAUUUUGUCCAAACAGUGCAAGCAUGAUUUUCAGUUUAGGUAAGUUCAGUUCAGUGUCUGUUCUUGUUUCAAAUGUAUUCAAAUUAAAUUCUUUCGUUUUAGGCAAAAGACGUUGUCCAGGAGAAAUGCUGGCUCGAUCAACCUUGUUCUUAUUCUUCACCUACGUUGUAUAUUACUUUGAUAUCGAAAUUUCACCAGACCACGGAAAGCCAGAUCCGAACGGCUACGAUGGUUUCACCAUAUCGCCAAAACCAUACCACCUGAAACUUACUUUAAGAUGAUUUGGCAAACUAUGAUUCUGUAUAAAAAAAAAAAAAAAAAAAAAAAAUAAUAAUAAUAAUGAACACAACUAUAAUUUAUAUACAUUUUCACAUUUUUAAGUGAGAGAAAUGAUUAAUAAAAUACGUACAACACAGUAGAUAUUAGGUAUUUAAAUAAACGAUAUAUAUUCCUGUACUGUAACGGUACCCUAGUUGCUUUUAAACGAUCUGUUUCCUAUUAACAAGAAAAUAUUUAGCACCGACGUUGAAGACUUAAUAUAAAAGGGCCGAAUCGCCACGUGACGUGGGGGCGAAGGUACAUUUGGACUUCUGCGAAACGAGCCGAUUUCGUUGAACGAGUAAAACGAAAACGACGCGUAAAGCGACUUUCACGUAGCAGAAACAAUAAACAUUAUCCGCGAGAAAAAUUUGUUGAAG